AUGGUAUUCUCGGCGGUUCUGUUCGCACAGUUACAAAAACCUACAUCGCUGAUUAAGUUAAAUGAUGAAGAAGCUUCUUGGAUCGGUAAGUGAAUCUUUGAUCAUUAAAACAUACCGCCUGUUAAAUACUUAAAAAUACAACACAUUUUUAUAUUCAAACGAGAUUAUUAUUUGUUAUUUUUCUAUUCAUAUUUAAUUACAUAUAAUAUAUUUAUAUCCGAUUGGAAGAGUAAUACAUAACGUGUUGAACUUUACAAAUCAUUUUAAACACGAUCAAUCUUAAAUUGUAUCAAUUAAAUAUUGGUGUAUGACCGGAUACCACGUAAAAUAUUAUUAUUAUUGUUUUUUUAGCCAGCGUUUCAUCGCUCGUUAGUCCUCUUGGUUUACUCAUAAUUGGAAUACUGACAGACAAAAUCGGAAGGAGACGAUCGCUUCAAAUCGCAUUCUUACCGAUAAUCGUAGCUUUUGUAAUACUGGCGUACUCGGAUAGCUACGAAACGAUCCUCAUCGGAAGAAUAGUUGGCGGUCUCGUUUUUGGUAAACAUUUUUUUUUUUUUUUCGUCGACAGUUUUAAAUGAUAUCAUACGAACAAUUCAGAUGUACAAUAGUAAUGCUUGCAUAGAAAACAUUUAGAUUUUUAUUUCGUAUUUUUUUUUAAAAAAAAAUGCAUUUUAAAUUAUUUUAACGUUCUUUUUUUCAUAGAAAAACAGAAAAUUGUUUCUUCCUUCUAAUUAUUUACGAGUGUUAUAACAAUAUACUAAUAUAACCGUGCAAGUACACAGUGUACGUAAUGUUAACACUUAACUCUUACACUGCAGGAUCGGAAUCGUGCAUAUUUGUGUACGUAACCGAAAUAUGUCAACCGAAACGACGGCAGUUCUUUUUCGCGGUGAUGUUCAUGUUCUUGGGGAUCGGCAAUUUAAUAGAAUGCUUGUUCGCAAUGUUCAUGCCCUGGCAAACCAUGUCGUUGAUAUUCGCGGUGAUGGGCAUCGUCGGUAUGGUAGUGCUGUUCGUGCUACCGGAGUCGCCAGUCUGGCUCAGGGUACGCAACCGCGUCCCGGAGGCCGAGCGCGCUGAACAAUGGUUCGGAUUGACACCCGAAAAAGCGAUGAUCACGGUCGGUCAUACCGAUUCCACUAAACACCACAACGACAAGGCCACGAUCAUCACCGAUCGACAGGAUACUCCAUCAUCGCCGUCACCGACAUACUGGUCGUUGUACACUCGCCGAACGGUUUGGAUGCCCACUCUGAUCACGCUGGGAUUCGUCGUCUGUCAGCAAGGCAGUGGCCUGUACGUAUUGCUCUGCUACACGGGCGACGUGAUCCGGGACUUCCAGGUCCAGUGGGACAACAUCGGCGUCGCGAUGUACAUAUCCGCAUCCCGGAUGGUGGGCAGCUUGGUGUUCGUGCUCAUGUACAACGUCCCUCGCAAAACCAUGUCCGCCUAUUCGUACGCAGGCAUGGCCCUGUCAUUGAUCAUCGUCAUCGCGUACGGGAAAAUAUUUCCAAACGCCGAACGACCGUACGGUGACCUCAUCAUUACCGCCGCAUUCAUCUCGUACAUGUUCUUCGCCUUAUUGGGCGCACUACAGUUUCCUUGGACGCUCAGCAGUGAAGUGUUCCCGAGUGACGUCACAGGUAAUCCCGUCGAUGCGGUUAAUCGAUUUGAACGCACUGAAAUGCAUUGUUGAGUUUUUUUUUUUUUUUUAUUAUUAUUAUUCUUUAACCGAUAUUCUCGUCCACCAAUUCGUUUUUAAAACGGUAUGCAUUCAAAUAUACUUUUCGUUGAUAAGUAGGAUAGGUAGUGAUAGGUUGACAAGUUAAAGAUAUGAACACGUUCCUUCUAAACGUUUGAAAAAAAUAAUAAAAAACGUGAAUAUUUACUGCAUCCGUCCACUUUCUAGACAUGACGUCAUUUAUAACUCUUCGGUUUUUUUUUUUUCUAUGUAAUUUAUAUCUUUAGUUACAAAAUAAUAUAGAAUGUUCAAAACCGUGUGAUGAACCGAAUUACAUUCCAGAGUCGCUUUUCGUCCAUACCGAUUAGUCAUUGCGUGUAUAGAUGUAAAUUAAAUUAUCGUAAUAUUAUGUAUAUCUCACGUUCCCAAUUGACGACAGUGGCCCGCGGUGUGCAGUCACUAUGCCGGGUUUUUUAAAAUGUAUUAUUUUAUUAUUAAAAUUCGCCUCAAUAAUAUUAUUGUCGAUAAUACUUUACGCUCUAAAAUUGUAUAGCAUCGCGUACCUUUUUUUUUUUUUUUACCACUUCGCGUCCGGACGCGGUUUCAUUUUAUAAACUCAUUAGGUCACCUAUGGUUUUAACCGUUUUGGGUGUUAGGUUAGCCCAGGUCUCUGUUCGAACCAACUGCACGCUAUAAGGAACACGCAUAAUUUGACAUAAUAUUAAAUACAAAACAAACGUUAAAUAAUAUGAUAUGUUAAAUGUAAUCGUAUUUCUAGGUACUAUGAACGGAGUUAUACAAAGCAGUUCAUACCUCAUCAUGUUUGUGGUCACUAAAUUAUAUCCGUCAAUGGCAUCGAAUUUAGGAGUAGAAAAUGUUUGGUUAAUAUAUACGAUCGUUUGUAUGCUAAGUGUACUUUUUAGUAUUUACAUAUUGCCAGAAACCAAAGGAAUACCUCUUAAAGAAAUUCUAGCGAGGUUUGAGCCGCGUACGAAAACGUUGAAAAAUGAUCUCCCUUGAUGUUAUUACAAACUGUAAAUUCACCCGCUG